UGUGCCUUCUGUUACUGUGGCGGCCGCAGUCUGCUGGUGAGGGGGAUCUCCGAGUGUUCGACUCCUCGCCUGGACACGAGCGCAAUGCGACAGGAGGAGAGGAGGCCAGGCCAACGACCACAGCAAGGCCAGCAAAAGGAUACGCAGAGAUGACAGCGGUUUGACAGAACCACUCAGCCCAGCAUGCAGCCGAGAUGCCAGCUCAGGACAGAGGGCACACAGAAUGGAGCUGAGAGCCAUGGGGAGUUACCAGACCCAGAGAAGGCCAGCAGGUUGUGGGAUGAGCUGGCUCACGUGGGCCUCCCAGGAGAUGUGGACGUCCAGUCUUUCUUUGAGGAGUCGGGGCAGUGCUUGGCGCAUCACUCUUGUGCGUUGUGGUCACAGGGUGUGUGCGAAGGCGAGGGACAAUCACUGCUCAACGUGGACAUAGCCAUCGACUCAGGGAGCACAGAGCACUGUGCAUACUGUAAACGCCUUGGAGCCUCCAUCAAGUGCUGUGCUGAAGGAUGUGCUCGACUGUACCAUUACCCCUGCGCGGGGGCGGCUGGGACUUUUCAGGAUAUCAGGAGUCUCUCCCUCCUCUGUUCAGAUCACAUAGAACUGGCCAUCAGCAGAUUUCCAGACGACUCUAUCUGUGCACUGUGUGACAGCCCCGGGGAGCUCCCUGACCAGCUCUUCUGUACCAGCUGUGGGCAGCACUACCACGGGGCCUGCCUGGACAUGGCUGUGACUCCGCUGAGGAGGGCCGGCUGGCAGUGCCCCGAGUGCAAGGURUGCCAGACGUGCAAGAACCCGGGUGAGGACGAUAAGAUGUUGGUGUGUGACAUGUGUGACAAAGGCUACCACACCUUCUGCCUGCAGCCGGCCAUAGAUGACAUCCCUACCAACGGAUGGAGGUGUCAGAACUGCAGAGUGUGUAUCCAGUGUGGUACAAGGARGAGCGGUCAGUGGCACCACACAAGCCUGCUGUGUGAGAGCUGUGUCCAACAUCAGGACCCCGCCCUUACCUGUCCACUAUGUGCCUGUAUCCUGGACCCUGAGCACCAAAAAGACCUGCUCUCCUGCCACAGCUGUAAAAGAUGGCUCCACCUGGAGUGUGAGCGCCAGUCGUCAGGCCAAGCAGACAUCCAGCCCAGCCAGGGCUAUGUGUGUUCAAGCUGCAGGCCUACUGGAUCACCACCACAACAGGCCCCACUGCAGGCAGAGGAGAUGGACACAGGAGGCCUAGAACUGAGCCCACAGGCUGCUAUUCAGAUGCACACAGAAUCAGAACCGGUUGUUCCAACGCACACGGAUCUAGAACCUGGCGCUAAGCAACUGAGGUCUCCUUCUCCAAUGCACAACGACCCAGAAACGCAAUUACAACCCGUUCCAAUGCCCACAAAUGCAGAACCAGAGCCUAUCCAAGCCACCAACACUGUCUGUGAGAACGCCCUUGAGGAUAGGCAGCCACAGCAGGCUACARCAGACCAGCAGCCUGGUGUGUCAGUGGAAGCUGCUGCUGUUGAGGGGGUGGAGCAAGAGACUGAGGUGUCUGUCAACAAGGACCGGGGCCAAUUACAUACAGAAAUGCAACCAGCAGCAGAUACCCUGAUCACUUCAAAAGAGAGUCCUGAGUCUCCCAGGUUGAACAAGCAGGAGCCUGAGCAGCCCAUACAUCUGCCAACCCAGACUCUAGCAGAGCCAGAGCAGCCACAGGAUAUGACAACAGGAAUGACCAAGUCAGCAAACACAGACCCCUCUUCUGAAAAGAGGGUGGUCAAACCCAGACCCAGCACAGAGAACAUCAAGGCCUUGACCCCACCCACCACCACCACCACCAAAGAACCUAGUACUGCAUCCGUAACCAUCAAGGAAGAACCCAUGGAGGCCUCAGCCUCUGAGCCUUCAGAAGUGGAACAGGUUGAAGGUCCUUCAGGUCUGGAGACUGCAGCGAAGGAGGCUUGGAGGGAGAAACAAAUGUCUGGGAUUCUGACUGAUGGGGUUUCGACGGUGGCCUGUGCCUUGGAAGAGAUGGACACCACCCCUGAGACUGAGAGCAAGCCUAACCUUUCCCGCCUCAGCCCCCCCAUCAAUGAUAAGCCCUACAAGACAUCUAUGGAAAGACUGGCAGAGAUGGCUGCCUCCCCUACCCACUCCUCCCCUAGAAACAGGGGUCCCUCUCCCAGGCAGCCUCCCCAGCCCCACCAACCCCACCCUACCCUGGGGGAAAACGGCAGSAGCUUCUCCUCCACCACCCUCAUACCACUCACCCCUAAGAUUGGCAUGGGCAAGCCAGCCAUCUCCAAGAGGAAGUUCUCCCCAGGCAGACCCAGGGUGAAGCAGGGCGCAUGGCAUGGGAGCCCCCAUAGCAGUGUGAGCUCUCCCUCCUGGUCCCCAGACCAGCCAGAGGGGUGGGACGUCUCAAAUACCAGGCAGCUCUCCUCCGGCUGCGGUAGCCCCGGGUGGAGCAUCCGAGUGGGUCGAGGGUCAGGCUUCCCUGGGAGGAGGCGGCCCAGAGGGGCGGGGCUGUCGGGCAGAGGAGGGCGGGGCCGAGCCAGGGGGAAGAACGGAGCCAGUCCCACAGUCAACCCGGGGGUGACCUCCAUGGAAUCACCAUACCAGGUAAAGGAAGAAGAGGAGAAUGCCAUGCAUAACACUGUGGUCAUAUUCUCCAGCAACGACAGUUUCACAUUGAAACAGGACAUGUGUGUGGUGUGUGGGAGUUUUGGUCUGGGUGCUGAGGGUCGUCUCCUGGCCUGUGCCCAGUGUGGGCAGUGCUACCACCCAUUCUGUGUUGGCAUCAAGAUUACCAAGGUGUUGUUGAAUAAAGGCUGGCGCUGUCUGGAGUGUACGGUGUGUGAAGCGUGCGGCCAGGCCACCGACCCGGGCCGUCUGCUGCUGUGUGACGACUGUGACAUCAGCUACCACACCUACUGCCUGGACCCUCCGCUGCAGAAUGUUCCCAAGGACAGCUGGAAGUGCAAAUGGUGUGUGUCCUGUACUCAGUGUGGUGCCACCUCGCCAGGCCGGAGGUGUGAGUGGCAGAAUAAUUACACCCAGUGCGCCCCCUGUGCCAGCCUGGCAACGUGCCCCUUCUGUCUCCAGGACUACAGCGAGGGCGAGAUUGUGGUGCAGUGCCGCCAAUGCGACAGAUGGAUCCAUGGUUCCUGCCAGGGUCUCCAUGCGGAAGAGGACGUGGAGAAAGCAGCAGACAGCAGCUUUGACUGCACCAUGUGCCGUGUCCACAAGACCUCCAAGGCACUAGUGUCCAAGGCCAGAGACUCCAUUGAGCCGGCAGUUAUGACGCAAGUUGUCACAAAGGCUAAAGAAAUGGACUUGGCGAGAACGUACACUCAGGACGGUGUGUGUCUGACGGAGUCGGGCCGGUGUCAGCUCCAGAGCCUGUCGGCCCCUGCGUCGCGGCGUAGGAAACCCAAGCCCAAGCUGAAGCUGAAGAUCAUCAACCAGAAUAGUGUAGCAGUGCUUCAGGCCCCCCUGGACCUGCUGUCAGAACACUCCCGGGACGAGGACAUGGAGGACCACAGAGAGACGGACCUCUCUCUGGACUGCGAGGGGAAGUCUGACUCGAGCCCGGAGCGAGAGCCAGCAGAAGACAAGUCCAAGGGGGCCGACGACAGCAAGAAGAGGAAGAGGAAGCCGUACCGGCCGGGCAUCGGUGGCUUCAUGGUGCGCCAGCGGAGCCGUCCAGGUCAGGGCCCAGGCAAGGCCAAACAAUCCCUGAGCAGGAAGGAUUCCUCUGGCUCUGUUUCUGAACCCCCCACAGGAAAGGAGGAGGGCUGGGGAGAGGUGCUGCCUGACACCCCUUUGGAACAGACUCCCCCUGGGCUGGAGGCCCCAGAGAAGAUCAAGAAACGCUACAGGAAGAAGAAAACCAAGCUAGAGGAGGCCUUUCCCACCUACCUGCAAGAGGCGUUCUUCGGUAAGGACCUGCUGGAUAAGAGCAAGCAGAGCAGGCAGCAGGCGGUGGAGUCUGGCCUAAUGGAGGAGGGCCAAGCAAGGGCCGGAGCCGCGCCCCAGAGGGACAGGAAGCAAUCCACCACCAGCUUCCUGGACCCCUCCUCGGACCCCCUCCUCAGUGUGACCUCGGGCACGUCCAGACCCACCAGACCACCAGGACCUCAGCCCUCUGAAGAACCUCUAGUGGAUCUGUCUGAGGUUCUCAACACGGAUGCAGAUCUCCUGGGAAUGCUGGGGAAACAGACAGGUGACUCUGGUCUUGAUUUUUUCCAUUUCCAGGUUGACACCUCACCUCCUCCUUUUGCUGGUCUGGACAUUGGACCCCUGACAGACAGCUCCCCAGCACAGUCUCAGUCCGGCCGGAGGCCACUCCGUACGCUCCCAGAUGAACAUCUGGACGGGAUCCUCAGUCCAGAGCUGGAGAUGGUUGACGGUCUGGAGAUGGCUGACGAAUCGAUUCUCAGCAAACUCUACAAAAUACCAGAGCUGGAGGGGAAGGACGUGGAGGACCUGUUCACUGCCGURCUGAGCCCCAGCCAUCCACCACAGCUGCCUCACCCCCACUGCCCACCUGGAGCCAGCCUGACACACCCUCAUGCAGGGAAUGCCAUGUUUCCACGGAUGCCAAUGAUAAACGGGCUGAUGGGACCUAACCAACGAUUCCCUCUGAAUCCGUCCCAUCCCGGAGCAGAUCCAUGUAUCCCAGAUAACUUCUCCCCCCUCCACCGCAUGCCUUUCACUGAUAAUCCAAGGGACAGGAAGUUUAAUCAGAUGGCCAGAGAGGCAGUGGGUUCGUGGCAGGGGGGUCCAGGUCCUGUCCACGGUGGCCCAGGCCCCACCCCUCUUCCUGGAGCUGAGGGGGGCGAGGCGGAGGCCAUGUCCAAUGCCCAGAGGAGCACACUGAAGUGGGAGAAGGAGGAGACGCUGGGGGAACUAGCCACUGUGGCCCCUGUCCUCUACACCAAUGUCAACUUCCCCAGCCUAAAGGAUGAGUUCCCAGACUGGUCUACAAGAGUCAAACAGAUUGCAAAGCUGUGGAGGAAAGCAAGUUCGCAAGACAGGGCCCCGUAUGUGCAAAAAGCGAGGGACAACCGGGCUGCUCUGCGCAUCAACAAGGUUCAGAUGUCCAACGAGAGUCUGAAGAGGCAGCAGUCGCAGCAGCUGCCGCUGUCCCAGCUGCCCCCGGCCUCACUGCAGCCUCCCGACGAGGUGUUUGACCCCAACAUACCGCUAGACACAGACUUGCUCUUUAAGGACCCUUUGAAACCCAAAGAGUCAGAGCAUGAGCAAGAGUGGAAGUUUAGACAGCAAAUGAGACAGAAAAGCAGGCAGCAAGCCAAGAUCGAAGCCACCCAGAAGCUGGAGCAGGUGAAGAAUGAGCAGCUGCAGCAGCAGCAACAGCAGUCAGGCAGCCAGUCGGAGGGAGACGGUAACAACAGCGGCAACCAGAGUCCUUCCUCCCAGCACGGCAGCAACGGCAGCAACGGCAGCAUGUCCCCCAUGCAGCACAGCACUGGGGGGAAAGAGGGCUUCAUCCAACGUCAACUCCCAGUUACGCCCACCUCGGGGCCCCCUGAAGAUGUGUUCCUGCGGCCCCCUCCUCCCCCUCCUUCAGGGGGGUCCUCUCAGCCCCAGUCCCCCCAGGUGUUCUCCCCUGGCUCAUCCAGCUCCAGACCCUCCUCUCCCUGGGACCCCUAUGCCAAGAUGGUAGGGACCCCCAGACCUCCAACUCUGGGGCCCAGCGCGUGUCGCAGGAUGUCCAUGGAGUCUGGCAAGUCUCCCACCUCUUUGAUGGAGCAACAGGACAGAGGGAGGCUCACGUCUCCGGCUCAUGAGGCUUUCGGCUCCCCCACGUCUAUGAGUAGGGAGAUGGAUCCCUAUGCCAAGCCCCCUGACACCCCCAGGCCUGUUGCUGGGGACAUUGACCCCUUCCUAAAGCCUAUGUGCCCACCCAGAGUCAAUCAGGGUCCCCAGGGAAGGCCCCUGAUAGGCUCUCCAGUGCGUGGAGACCCUUACUCUAGACCCAUGAUCCGCCAAGAGGCCUACCAACGGAUGGCUCAGAACAGGAUGAUCCUGUCAGACCCUUACUCCAGACCUCUGUUAGCUCCCAUCCCGGGGAGCAACGAGCAGGGCUCAGUCCCUCAGUCUUUGUUCAAGACCCCCAUGCCUCCACCCCAGGCCCAGGACCCCUUCAACAGACCAAUGCCUCAUCCCCCAGACCGGUUCUCUCAGCAGGGAGACCCCUACGCUCAGGCCCCUCUGACCCCUCGACCUCAUGAUAGCUUCACCAGUCCACCGAGGAUGGCCCAGCACCAUACCCAGGGCCACCCCUUCCCCCAGCCCGGCCCAAUGGCACAGUUACCCAACCGAAACCCUUACGCCCAUGCUCCCUCUACUCCAAGGCCCGACCACUUCACAUAUGACCCCUUUGCCCAACCCCCAGGACCCUCAUCAGACCCCUAUGCUCAGAUGCCAGGUACCCCUAGACCUAUGAAUGACCUUAUCAGCCAACUUCCUGGAAACAGACCAUUCUUUGAGUCCGGCUAUGCUCGACCUCCAGGCACUCCUCGUCCAAACGACAACUACAGCCAAUCCUCUGACCCUUAUUCCCAGCAACCCAACACCCCUCGCCCUGGUAUGAACCAUUUCCACCACCCUCACCCACACCCCCAGCCCCCCGGUCAGAGGAUGUCCCCCGGGCACUCCAUGGAUCCUUACACACAGCAACCUGGAACCCCUCGGCCCCCCAGGUUCUCAAAGUCCCCAGGCAGCCAGCGACUAGCCCCCAUGGAUCCCUACGCUAGUCAACCUGGAACACCCAGGCCUUUGAGCAGUGACAUGUUCUCCCAGACCCCCAGGCCUAUGCUGAAUGACCCGUACGCCCAGGCUCCAAGCACCCCACAGCCAGGGAUGGGUUCUGACAGGCUGAGCAGACUGCAGGGGCAGAGGCCUGGUCCCAUGGGGAACCAGGAUCCCUUCUCCCCUCCUCAAAGCGUUAGGCUACAAGAUGCUCCCUUUCCACACCCUGGGUCACAGACACCAAAGCAUCACGGUGGGAUAGCCGAUGAGGGAUUUUCUCCGCCGCCGUCCAGACGGCCCAACCAGACGCCUAUCCAUGAUCCUUACGAGCAGGCACCCAUGACCCCACGUCCACAGCCAGCAGACAGACCAGAUAUGAAGGAGCAYCAAGGCCAGGACCCUGGAGGACAGCUGCAAAACCCCUCCCAGAUGCCUGGAACCCCUUCUGAGGUUCAGAGUGUUUCUCUGGCCGACAGUGAGGAGAGACUCAAACAGCGUCAACGCAUCCGAGAGCUGAUCCUGAAGCAGCAGCAGCAGAGGAGUGCCAUCCGCCAGGAGAACGCUGGUAUCAUGGCCCCUGGCCCUGGGACACCUCGACCCUGGCCGCACGAGGGCCACGGACAACAGGGCGAGAUGUUCAGCCGGCCCCCUCCACCUUACCCUGGGCKGGGCCCCAUGAGCGGACCAAUGAGGUUCCCUGGAUCUGGACCCUUCCCAGGGGACCAGCGAAGCCCUUUCCCUAAUGAGAMCCAGUUCCCCAUAGGACAAUACUUGGGUGAUCCUAAUAUCAGACAUCAGGGGCCAAGGUUUGCAUUUCCACCUGGUGGGCCGGGACCUCAUGGUAGCCAGGAGUUCUUCCCCAGAGGCCCUCACCCCAUGCAGGACAUUCACCCGGGGAUGAGACGCUCCAUGUCUGUAGAUAUGGCCAAGUCCAUGGGGGGCAACCCUAUGGGGCUCCCCCAGAAUUUCCCUCCUAGCGGUGUGCCAAUGCAACAGCACAACAUUAUGGGCCAGCCUUUCAUCGAGCUGAGACACAGAGCCCCUGACAGCAGGCUUCGUCUCCCUUUCGGGUCCUCUGGCAUGCAAGGGAACAACAUGGAUCCCGACCUCCAGCCCCAGAGGCCUCCUGGUUUCAUGGGAGGGCCUGAAUUCCGGUUGCCUCCAAACCAAGGCCCCAGGAUGAUGAUGGAGUCAAUGGGGGACCAGCAGAUGAGCCAAGGCCAGCUGUCCUCCAACAUUGAGAACCUCCACCAGCAUCAGCAGGCCCAGAUGCAAGGGGGAGCCAUACCAAGGCAAGCCCAGCUAAUGAGGUCCAUGAGCCAGCCUGCUUCGAACAAGACCCAGGGUAUGUCAGCUCCUUCCAUGAUGAUACCUGGGCCUUCUGCUGGGAAGAGUGAUGGUCAGGGAGGAGUCUCCAUGGCUAACAACAAUGACGGAGUGGACGACAAACUGGACACAGUCGAAUCGGCCGUCAAAGACCUGGAAGAUGUUGAGGUGAAAGACCUAGUCGAUGCCGAUCUGGACAACCUAAAUCUGGAUCCGGAAGAAGACGGCAAAGACCUAGACCUAGAGACCAAUGACCUGCACCUGGACGACUUCCUGACGUCGGGGAAGUUCGACAUCAUUGCGUACACGGACCCCGACCUGGACGACGUCAAGAAGGACUUGUUCAAUGAGGAACUGGACCUUAAUGACCCCAUGGAAGACCACAGCGACGCCUGUGACUUCCAGAAGGCCUUGUCUGAGAAGAGGAGUUCUAGCUGUGGCGGAGCUGCAUCUUCCUUCUCCAAUUUGACGUCUGGAAUGGGGAAGUCAGAGGGAAUGGCCGAGAAGACAGCUGAUGUGAAACAGGAAGUGAACUGCCGCCAGAGCUCCGCCUCCUCCCUGCCUUCGGAGUAUAAGAUCAAAAUGGAGGACAAAGACAACCUGUCUCAGACGUCCAAUGAGAGGACAGAUCAACAAGCAGACGGAAACACUAACAAACAAUCAGGAGUGCUCUCUGCCUCCACGCCAGUACUCUCUAGCUUACUAAUCAAGCAGCAACCAGAGGACUCCACCUGUGACAAUCAAGGCAGUGGUAACUCUAUGACACAGCCAAACCAAGACACUCAGAACAACUCUGGACUUAGUAUGGGAUCUCAAACCAUGGAUCCAACUAACAGGGGAGAAGAAGAAGGAGAAGCAUCCAUGUCUACCUUUGAGAUGGACCAGAGUGGGUUGACCCCGGCUCAGCAGGCCCUGUUGGCCCAGACAUUGGGCCAGGCGGGGCCAGGGGGGCACAGACCCCUGCUGCUGGAGGAGCAGCCCCUCCUCCUACAGGACCUGCUGGACCAGGAGAGGCAGGAGCAGCAGCAGCAGAGGCAGAUGCAGGCCAUGAUCAGACAACGCUCCUCUAGUGACUCUUUUUUCCCCAACAUCGAUUUUGACGCCAUCACUGACCCUAUAAUGAAAGCAAAGAUGGUCGCUCUGAAAGGCAUCAACAAAGUCAUGGUUCAAAACAACAUGGGGAUGACACCAAUUGUCAUAAACAGGUUUCAAGCUGGUCCUGCGGCACCAUGUCCUGAAAGCACCCCUGUUCCUCCACAGGCCGCUGGACAGGAUGGCAAGCUGACACCCUCAGUGACAAGGCCCAAUCCUCCCAAUUUUGGACCAGGUUUUGUCAACAAUGCUCAGAGGGCUCAGUARGAGGAAUGGCUCCAGGAGACCCAGCAGCUGCUCCAGAUGCAGCAGAAGUUUCUGGAGGAGAAGAUCGGCGCCCACAGAAAGUCCAAGAAGGCCCUGUGUGCCAAGCAGAGGACGGCUAAGAAGGCUGGAAGGGAGUUCCCUGAGGAGGACGCAGAGCAGCUCAAACACGUGACGGAGCAGCAGGGUGUAGUGCAGAAACAGCUGGAGCAGAUCCGGAAGCAGCAGAAAGAGCAUGCUGACCUGAUCGAGGAGUAUGGUGUGAAGCAGCAG